UUUGCAUACGUUUGUUUCUCUAUACUUGUCUUUUCGUAAUUCACAUCUCUUAAUACAUUUCUGUUAGCUAAAUUGGGUGCUGAUUUCUGUUGCGCCAUAUGUACAUCUCAAUAUUCAAUUGAAAAAUCUAUUGCAUGGUGAAGUUGAAAUUGAUGAGAGCAUGGGGUGGGUGGCAUGAUUGAAGCCAUUUGCUGCUACACCCAACUUCGGUUGAUUUUUGAUGAACAAAGAUGGAAGCUUUUCUUGCUGCAAAGACUUGCCCCACUAUAAUCUCCAAGAGAAUGGAGAAUAUCUUGAAACCUGACAAUGAGUAUAAACUGCAAUCAAGGAGUCAUGUUGUGCUAUCCUCUCAAGAAGCUCCGUCGAGUCGCCGACAUAUCAUAGUGUGUACUGGUGCUUUAUUGGUUACCACACUGACCUUCAACUACGGCUUAACACCGUCGGUUGUUUGGGCGGAAGAAAAGUCGAACGGCCGAGAGGAAGAGGAUGCAGGAAUUGUUGGGGCUGUCAAAUCAUUAUUUGAUCCUAACGAGAAGACCAAGGCCGGUAAAGUGUUGCCAAAGGCUUACUUGAAUUCAGCGAGAGAGGUUGUGAAGACACUGCGGGAAUCCUUGAAGGAGGACCCCAAGGAUAUUGCUAAGUUUAGACGCACUGCAGAUGCAGCAAAGGAGUCCAUUCGAGGGUACUUGAGCAGUUGGAGGGGACAACAGACUGUGGUUCAAGAGGAAUCAUAUGUUGUGUUAGAGAAAGCUAUUAGAUCAUUGGCCAGCUUCUACUCGAAGGCAGGCCCAUCUGCCCCACUUCCAGAAGAGGUUAAGUCAGAGAUAUUAAAUGACCUGAACACAGCUGAAGGGUUUUUGUAACACUGCAUUUUGCUGCAAGAUGUAUAUCUACCAAAUCAAGUUCAUCUGGCCAAGUCUUGGAUUGGAUCCAGACUGUUAUCUUUUAUGUAUUUAUCCCAUUGUUCAAAUAAAGUAAUGCCCCUCUUCAAAAAAUAAAUAAAGCUAUGCUUAUUUGAUACUA